AGGACGACACGGCACCGGUAGCGAAGUGUAGUUGACAGGUGACAGUGAUGGAGUUCGGUCGAUAUUCGUGAAUUUCGGACGAAAGUCGAUCAUGUCGAGAGAUUCGAAGGGACGUAAGGAUGUUAUAUCGCCGAAACCAUCGAAAAAGAACCAGCAGAAGCUGACGAUGGAGAUAGGAGAGGUUAGAGUUGCGGAGGAUAAGGAUUUCGAGCAGUUGAAGAAGUUAAUCGACUUGGAAGACGGUUGGAAGUCGGAUUAUAAGAAGAAAAUGACACAAGUGUGGACGAAAUCGACCCAGCAAACCAAUAUCAAGAUAAUAAAGCUGAAGACCAUUUAUACAGAUGUGUCACCUGCUCUGCUGUUUGACGUGCUGUUAGACCCAGAUUAUAGAAAAAUGUGGGACACUCAUGUGGUGGAAAGUUAUGAUAUCGGUUGUCUCAAUCCUAAUAAUGAUCUCGGUUAUUAUGCAGUUAAAUGUCCUUCUCCACUCAAAAACAGGGAUUUUGUCUUGUUACGGUCGUGGCUGGUGACAAAAAAUGAGCACAUGCUGAUAAAUCAUUCUGUCUACCACGACUCGGCUCCUCCGAAGAAGGGAUUCGUUCGUGGCAUCUCUCUUCUGACGGGAUUUGUCAUCAGACCAGUUAAAGAUAAUGGUUGUGAAUUGAAUUAUGUAACACAGUGUGAUCCUAAAGGUUCAUUACCAGUGUGGAUGGUUAACAAGUUAACACAGAUAUUUGCACCAAAGAUGGUAAAGAGGUUGCAUAAAGCCUGCGUGGGAUACGACUCCUGGAAAAUAAAGAAUAAUCCGAACUUCAAGCCGUGGAUCAAUCCGGAACAGAUGAUGUUACCCCGCAUUGACAUGGCUUGCUGCAUGAGAAACGAAUUACAAAGAUCCACGGAAUCCAUAGACGAAAGCAACCUGGAAGAGUCGUGCGAGAAGGAAGACUUGUCCGACGACGACGACUCGUAGAGGCAGACGCGUUCCGAUCGGUUCAGACGUACAAGUUUUAAAUCCCUAAAAGUAACAGUUAAAAUAUUCUAUUGUUAUGUUUUAUUAAGAUUAUAAAUUAAGCAGAGGGGUUAAGGUUAUCCUCUGAAAUGGUGCUUUUUUUCCAAGUGCUUUUGUAUUAAUAAAAAGCAUCUGUAUUACACAAUUGUUAAUAUAUAUAAAAA